AUGAGAAAAGGUAUUUAACAGAUUAUAUUUACUACAAUAAUUACAUUUCUAUGUUCUGUGUACUGUGGGAAACCAGAUAUAGUGAAUGCAGGGUCCGGGGAGAGCGGGUAUAGUGGAUGCAGGGUCCGGAGAGAGCGGAUAUAGAGAAUGCAGGGUCCGGGGAGACCAGAUAUAGUGAAUGCAGGGUCCGGGGAGAGCGGAUAUAGUGAAUGCAGGGUCCGGGGAGAGCGGAUAUAGUGAAUGCGGGGUCCGGGGAGAGCGGAUAUAGUGAAUGCAGGGAGACCAGAUAUAGUGAAUGCGGGAGACCAGAUAUAGUGAAUGCAGGGUCCGGGGAGACCAGAUAUAUAGUGAAUGCAGGGUCCGGGGAGAGCGGAUAUAGUGAAUGCAGGGUCCGGGGAGAGCAGAUAUAGUGAAUGCAUGGUCCGGGGAGAGCGGAUAUAGUGAAUGCAGGGUCCGGAGAGCGCAUAUAGUGAAUGCAGGGUCCGGGGAAAGUGGAUAU